GGCCUCUAGGUGACGUGGUCGUUCUUCGAUGAUCAAAGAAUGAGUUACGCCUACCCCUUAAAACUAAAGCUGAACGGGGUCAGCUAUCAGAAGAUUGUACAUCAUCAAGCUCUUAAAGAUAUUGUCGAGUAGGAUGGCUUUCGAGUCUCUGGUUCGUUACACGUUGAUAUGGAUGACGAUAUUAGCGGGCUUCGCUGUCGGUAUCGAACUCGGUGAAAACAUUCAAGCUUUCGUCCCGAUUUGUGCUCAACCCUGUCUAGAGUCUUUCAUCUCAGGCAACUAUCCAUCAACAUCAUGCACAUCGAACCCGACGUUACAAUGUCUAUGCCCAGAAAAAUCAAAUUCAGGAUAUACACUUGGGGAAGGGGCUCUACAAUGUAUUAGUGCUGAGACACAACAAGGAGUUUGUGAUAGAAAUAUCACUGGGGGAUCCGUGCAACAUGACGCUUACCUUAUGUGCUCUGGCAUAUCUAAUGCUUUACCAAAUACGCACGCUACCCUAACGGCUACCAUUGUCAAUUCACCAACCGGUGGACCAGGAUCGAUCAUCUUGACGUCGAUAGCAAUGACAACUCCGACUGGGACACUGUCUUUGGCCCCGACAGUAUCUAGCACAGAAGCGGCGGCAACUACAACGGACGUGACAUCUGGUUCCUCGCCUGAACAAUCCUCAGCAGCCUCUCUUAAUAAUGCACAAAUAGCUGGUAUUGUCGUGGGUGUUGUUGGUACGGUUUUUAUAUCAUUGAUCGCUAUCUUCAUUGUUAGGCGAAUACGUAAACGGAAUUAUCCAGAGCUUGAAGAGGGAUUGCUUUCAAUAGAUGAGGAUAGGAGGAAGCCUGGCGCGUCUGGAUACAGGAGAUCCGGUCCCAUGAUCAUAUCGGCGCCGAUGUCCAGUGAUGCGGCCAGAUAUCCAGAGCCUCAGUCGUACCGCACACCAUCACCACAUUUCGCUCCUCCAUUAGACCCAUAUACUCCUAAUCAUGGCCCUCCAUCGGGUGCCUAUCUUUCGCCGGGAGCCAGUCAAGAAGCCGUUGGGCUUGCCAUCUCACAUUCUCUAAAUGGAAGUCCUUCAAGAUCUCCGGAGAACGCAAUUCGCCCACCACCUUCACGACCCCUUCCAGCCAAGCCAGCACUGAGCGUGAAAAUUCCCCCGGCCCGACCACCCCCACCCGAGACAGUGCCACAAAUGCAAUCGCGCGUAUCGGCUUCACAGACAGCAAAUACCGACAGAACUAGUAUGAUGACCAAUAUGACAGCGUUUGCCGACUUAGACGCCGAAGCCCAGGAAGGAGGACCGAUAUGGCAGCCCCCGCCAAAUGAACCACUGUCAACUUCGCCCCCUUAUGUCGGAAACAGAUGGGGGAAUUGGAUGUUUAAGAACAACAAUCGACAGUCUCAAUUGGCGCAGGUUGCAGAGGUUCAAGAGGUUACAGGGGCCGCCGAACUUGACACAUAUACUCCGCUAACGAAGUCACCGGCAGAAAGAGAGGAAGAGGCGAAGAUAGCCGCCGAUCUUGCGGCUGCUUCUGUGCUUUCUAGGAAGAGACAAAAAGCGAAGAUGGCUAAAGCACGUGGUGACAAACCGGUCGAUCGUUCAUCAAGCGUGUAUUCGCAAGCAAGUGCUGUUAGGCGCAAUUUGCGAAGUUUGGCUCCCAGGAGAAAUAGUUCUCGAUCCCGGAAGAGUAAUGGAGCUCAGAUCUCCCGAUCUAAUACAGCUGCAUCACAAGACUCCGUCACGACGAUAAAUACAUGUUCCUCAAGUCCACUUCCAGACGAUGUUCUCUUUGAACUUGACAACGGCCGUUUAUCGGAACUUUCGACUGUUAGAGAAACGUCACCAAGUCCUAGAGGCCCUCAAGUUAGAUAUCCGAAAAUUCCAGGACGCCUCGACCGAUCUAUGAUGCAAAUGGAUCCACCCAAACGGCCGGAAUUUAUACCUCGCGGAAAACCCAGCCCAAUUUUAAGGGAUCCUCCUCUACCUAUAGAUGAGACUAAUUCGCCCUAUCCGCAACCCCUAAAUCCUAAGCGCCUAAGGGAUCCCCGAAUACAAAACUUGGCAGGGGACCCAGAUAUUGGAACUGACUUAGCAAGUCUUCCUCGACUUGAUGAGGAUAGGCCAAUGAUGGAUGGUCCCUCAUCCAGAUUUUCACCCCGGAUGGCGAACACUCAGGAUCGAACCGGGCCGUACAAUUAUCCCGGAAGACUUCUAACGCCACCGAUACAAACUACAGGAUCUGGAUUUUCGCCUGAACCUCCAAACGUCGAAAGAUUCCCGACACCGCCUUCUAUCUCAUCGCAAUCGGGCAUGGGAGACAUACAAUCCCACGUAGCACGCUCGGUAUCACCUUUAGGUCCAGGAACAAUGAGCUCCGGUACUUCAAACUCUAGCACUUUGUUGGCGAAACGAGUUGGAAAGGGAAAAGCGACUACACUUACGCUUACCGGUAGUAACAAGAAGAAGGUUCAAUGGACAAAACAGAAUGACGAGGCUGAUCCGGAUAACACUAGUCCUUCUCCCCCGCCAAGAGGCCCGCCUCCACCUACACCAACUUGGCAACCGAAAUUGACACCGACGAGGUUUGGCGAUGAAUUAUAUCUAAAUGUUCAGUAAAUUUAGCGAUUUUUAUCUACGCAAGAGGAAAAUUUGCCACUUGCAAUCGUUUUGGGUUUUUGUUUUGUCCCCCCCAAGUGUGUUACCAUUCUGGACGUCAUUCGUUACGCAUCGUCAACGCUUUCACAUCGAAAUAUAUCCCGCAGGCAACACCGGCCUCACAUCACUAUCUCUUUUCUAUGAAUUAUAAUAUCACAAUGAUCAAUUAGAUGUACUACAUAUUGGGUAUACGGAAACAUACGCAUGCAUUACGAAAUCUGGCGUUCGGGAAUUUAGUCUAUGUGUAGAGUCUGGGGUCGGCAAUCUACUUUGGAAUCUGGAUAGGGGGUUAAAUCACAACAUUAGAGGGAAUAGAGAUAAGAUACCCAAGUAAAGUUAACAUGUCUAAAAGAGAAUAUAUCAUAAUAUUAUUUUACCAGUUUCUUUUACA